UGAGUUUGGAAGGGUGUAGCCUAUUAAUUAAAGGAGUUAAUGGAAAGGGGGUGCCUCAAACAGCGGUUCUACUGCGCUUGAUUAUCAUAAGCACGGUGUUUGUGAGUGCAAUUUUUUGGGGGGGCGCGCACAGUUUGGUUUCUUUGAGAAACUGGGAUGGAGGUAUUUUUUUGCUUGUUUUAUGAUUAGUUGAGUUUGUUUCGGUAGGUCGCCUGCCGCACACUCCAGAACAGUAGGUGGCGGCAACACUUCUCAAUCAUGGCUGCAAUCUGCCAUUUAACUUGUGAAGAGGACGUUUUCAAGUUUUGAACAUGCAUUGUUUGAAUAAGACACAUUACAGAGACGAAGCCGUUAAUCACGGAUAUCAUUACCAAAAAUUACUAAAUGUAUUGAUGUCGGUGACGUACAGUUUUAAAACUUUCGUUUUUUCGUCAUUAAAACAUUGCGUUCUGUAACCACCAAUAUUACUCGCUGCAGUGUUUCUCACAAACACGGCGGCUGCCAAAUAAGGAAAAAACUAAACAGAUGUGUUCUUGCAACGAGAUAUUUAAUUGUUAUUGUGAUAUUAUUUCUCGUUAAGAUUUGUCACCAGUCUACAAAACACAAUGAAACGUCAGAUAGUAGUCCAUAGUAAAACAUCACAAUAUAAAUUCUCACUCCUAGGCAUAUGCUACACAGGAGACUUCCAACUUUGCAUUGCUCAACUCAUUUCCUACCUUGGGGUACUACCGGCCAACGUUCAGACAACCCAUCCCAAACCCCAUAGCCUACCUCAGGACUCAGACACCAAUCAUGUAUUAAUUUCACAGAUUCUUUCCUCAGAAUAAUCUUGGAUAUUUCUUUCUUGAAAAUGCUGUGACAGCUGAAAGAUUGCUUUAAUAAGUAGAAUAAUUAAGAAAUCGACACAUUUUGUAUAGUAAAUCCUAUGUUUUUAUUUGAUCUAUUUUAUGAGAGGUGUAGCCUAUAUUACAUAACUUGGACCUAUUGUCAGACACUGGUAUGAAGACAUAGAAACAAAGGGACUGCCCUGCCAAGACCCUUAAUGACCUAAAUGACAUUUGGCAAAAGAUGAACUAUGCCUGCGUCACCGAUCUCUUCCUGUCCACGGGGUAUGGAGAGAAAACCCAAUGAGUGCGGUUUCCAAGACACCAGAUGGCGAUUUCCUGAUUCAUCAUUUUCUCCAGUAGAAACCAACUGGGGUGUCUGAGAAUAUGUAAUAAGCGGAGGAAGCGGAGUCUAAAGAUUGGGUACAAGGUUGAACUUGUUUAUAAAAGUAAAGGAUGAAUCAGAAUGCAUUAAUCAAACCAUGGAAAUAUGCUUAUUGCCAGAGAGGGCUGAAUCUGCCAUCGGGAGUUAUCCGGUUAUGAUAAGAUCCAGCCUUCCAGCCCAGUGGCAGCUCACCAGAUGUUUGUGGAGACCUUGGUCCAGUGGUGGCUGUGCAGGGUCAUCAUCUACAUUCUGGCAGCAAGUGUGGUGCUUGCUGCCGACACCUCAUGGCCUUGCCCGCUGUGCUGCCGGUGUAGCUCUGAGGUGCUAGAGGUGAACUGCUCUAGGUGCCAGUUCCCCACGGUACCAGAUGGCCUCUCGACAGACUGCCAGCUUCUGAAUCUCACCUAUAACAAAAUAAAAACCUUGGAACGUCAGCAGUUUUCCAGUCUAACCCAACUUUGGGACUUGGAUCUAAGUGACAACAUCCUGAACAUGAUUGAGGCAGAAGCCUUCUUGGGUUUGCAAAACCUGCUAACGUUGCGCAUCGCUCGUAAUCGUCUCAAGAUAAUCCCUGUCGGGGUAUUCUCUGGUCUGACCAGACUGAGGCUCCUGGACAUCAGUCAAAAUGAGAUUCUGGUUUUGCUUGAUUUCACGUUCCGUGACUUGGCAGCCCUGCAGAGGAUUGAGGCAGGAGAAAAUGACUUGGUCUAUGUCUCGCAGAGAGCAUUUACAGGCCUGUCCAGUCUACAAGAGCUUCACCUCGACCACUGCAAUCUGACCUCUGUGCCAACAGAGGCUCUGGCGCAACUAAGUGGGCUGACACGCUUGCGGUUCCGUCAGCUUGGUCUCACGACUCUGCCAAAUAAUUCUUUCAGAUGCCUUGGGCGUCUUAGGGAACUCGUUGUAUCACACUGCCCCUGGUUGGAAACCCUGGCGGAAAACAGUCUCUUUGGCUUAAACCUGACAUCUCUAACUAUCUGCCACUGCAACCUCAGCACUAUGCCCUACACUCCACUGCAUCACCUGGUCUACCUUCGCUAUCUUGACCUUUCGUUUAAUCCAAUCACGUACAUUCAGGGCAACCGCCUCAGAGAGCUGCUACGACUGGAGGAGCUCCAUCUGGCGGGGGGAGGACUGCUGCGUAUCGAGCCCGGAGCCUUCCGUGGCCUGGCACGUUUUCGUUUGCUCAAUGUUUCUGGAAACCUUCUAGCUACACUCGAGGAGAAGGCUUUCCAUUCCGUCGGUAACUUGGAAACCCUGCGUAUAGACGGGAACCCACUGGCGUGUGACUGCCGGUUGUUGUGGGUGGUGCACAGGCGGCUGUAUCUGGACUUCGGUGGGCGUCCGCCAGUCUGCACUGCCCCGGUCCAGGUGCAGGGACGGGUUUUCCGUGACUUCUCUGAAGCUGAGCUCCCGGGUUUGUUCACCUGCCGUCAAGCAAGAAUUUUAAACCGAAAACCUCAGCAAGUACGGGUCGACGAGGGACAUACAGUCUUGUUUUACUGCAGUGCAGAUGGCGACCCCAAGCCUUCAAUCAUCUGGCUGAGUCCACAGAGCAUUCCUCUGUCGCCCACGGGGAGGAUACACGUUCUGCCCAACAACUCGCUGGAGGUUCGCUACGCCCAGGUGCAAGACAGCGGCGCAUACCGGUGUGUGGCGUCCAAUGCUGCAGGGAAUGACAGCUUCGCCGUUGGUCUUCAAGUGUGGGGAUUUUCCCAGAACCACUCCAGACGGCUUCACCCGGCCUUGUCUUUCCCUGCUGGCAACGGUUCAUCUCACGCACAUCAACCUUUUCCGUUUGAUGCCAAAACACUGUUGAUCGCGGUGACCUUGGGAUUUCUGUCGUUCAUUGGCUCUGUUGUUAUAUGUUUUAUUUUCAUGUUUUUCUGGAGCCAGGGGAAAGGUCAGAUCAAACACACAGCUACGAUCGACUUUGUGCCACGAAGCACCAUUGCAAGUAAUGGUGCUGGGGGUGGAAACCGCGUGGAAUCUGGCAGAUUCACAAUGAAACUGAUUUAAGUCAAGUCAUUUUAUUUAUAGAGCACAUUUAAAAACAGCCAAUGCCGACCAAAGUGCUGUACAUAGUUAUCAGGUAAGGCAAAACAACAAUAAGUAGGAAAAAACACAAUUACAAGGCACGAGUGACCCUAAACUGACUCGAAAGUCAAUUGUUUUUGGUGUUAACCGUACUACAUAACCAAUACAGCUAAAGGCUUUGUGGGAUGCUGGAAUGAUUUUAUACAUUACUUUUACAAUUAAAGACAUUUCAGUUAUUAAACACAGUGUUUUCUUAUAUGUACAUUACAUAUCUUGCUUUAGGCUUUCUAUUACUGCUUAUAUUCUGACAAUGGUGAACAUGCUCCUAAAAACAGUAAAUUACCUACAUUUGGGCAUAAUGUUUAAAUCAUAGGGUGCCCAGGUUCAAAAACUUAAUAAUUUGCUAUAAAUCAUUCAAACGUUAAUUGAAUGUGUCAAAUAUACUUCAUGUCCAUGCUUUUCUUUAUACUUUGUAUAAUUAAAGAGAAAAAGCAACCGAUGUAGGCAGUUGUCUCACAAAUGUGUCAAUCAUAAUUAAGAAGGUCAAUGAAUAAAUUGUCAGUCAAUUGAGGCUGUUUUAGUUUGUUUUAUA